CUUUUCGUAAUCGAGUUCUUUCUCUCCAAACACACCCAUCUCCCCCGUGAGGCCGUGCGCAAGGUUCAUAAACGGUAAUCAAUGGUGGAGGAGGGAGAAAGAGAAGGUCAAUCAGCAAUUGAGUCCGAUGAAACCAUUCCUCUUCUCAAUCCAAAACCCAACUCCACAACCACAGAACUACAUGAAAUCACCCCUACAACAACAACAAUUGAAGAAGAAACAUCAACCCAACAAAACCGGAGAUCGGUGCGAACAAAGGUGCCGGAGAUAGAGCUCCAUGUUUAUCGGCAAGGAAAGGGUCCGAUCGCGGUGUCAAAAUCAAGCCUUGGUGGUUGGGAUCAAGACCAGCUAGAAGUUCGAGAUAUACUGGAGGAGUACGGAUUUAAGAGUAUAUACGCUUUUAAUCCUAAUGAUGGUGGUCGUGCUGUUCCUAUUCGAUUUCAUCCUAAGACUGGCCGAUCUUUUCUUCCAUAUAAGGAUGGUUCUGUUAUUUGCAUCGAUGGCGAACCCAAGGACUCCUUGAUCAAUCCUGUUACGAGGAUCAUCGUUGGUGUGGCCCUUUUAACAAUCUUAAUAGCUAUUGUGGUGACUGAAUCACCAGCCUGGGCAGAAAAAUUUAACAUGAAGGGUUGGAGAAUCCCUCCCUGGCUUCUUACCUGUGCUAUCAUUGUCUUUACUCGCAUGAGGAAGAGAACGCAUGACUUUUUCAAGAAUCGUGGUUGGUGUUAACAAGUCUUUCUUACAUUUUGAAACCUAACAUUUACACUCUUUUUUCUGCAAUAUUUUACUAUCAAUAAUUUAAAGUCUACCAGACAAGAUCCAUUUUUGUUUGAAAGUUGAGUUUCUCUGUAUCUUGUACAUUUUUGCCAAAGGUAGUCUUAUGUUUAAUUUCAUGCCCUGUCGAAUGUUGUACUGUGAUCUAUUAACGAUGAUUUCUAUAACUAGACCCGCUAUCAUUUCCAGUA